AUGGAGCAGCACGACAGGGACAGCCGCACUCCCGAGUUCGACUACGCCGCCGCCUUAGAGGAACAUCAUGCUAAAUUCCCCGACUCAUCGUAUCCUCCUCGUCGCGCUUCUGUUGUGGCCCCGCCUCAGGCUGCUGUGGUGCCGCAGCCCGUUACCGAAGUGCGCGGCGAAGGUCUCAAUGCUCCAAGAUCAUCGUCGGCAGUCCCGGACAUCGUCAACGAACGCAACGACUAUCCCGCCGUCGUUGCUCCCUCGACCGCGCGGCUGACUUCUACGGUCACGUACAGUGACCUUCCCGGCGGAUACGAUAGAGUGUCCGUCGUGGAAGUUGAGGUUGGCCCUACUACGAGGGGUACUGUAGAUGUUCGUAGCCCCAGGCGCUGGGUGAGAUUCCUGGAGAAUCCUAACAGUGUCGCCAUCUUAGUGGUCACCCCUAGCUCCGCAGAGAGCUUUCAUUCAGACGUUGCUGUCACCCACAGGAAGUUACGCUAUCUGUUCAAGGACGCGAUCGAGUGGUAUCUGAAAGAGCGCGGUGUUGUCGUCGAAGGAGGUGUACCGGCAGAAUUUAUCAAGGUCGACGCUCACUCCGCCAUCGGCGACGCUGGUGCGCCGGUUGGGAUCACGUACAUGCGUGUUUCCCCCUCGGGAUUCGACUUCCAUGCUCCGACUACUGAGGCCUACGUUCCGUCGACUACCACCAUCCUCUUCACGCUGGGCGUGAUAGUCUCCAUCGUCUUCUUGUCGGUGCAAGUCUAUCUCAUCGUGCACGGCAUCGGUGGCGGCGUCCUCUUCCAAAUCCUCCUUCAAACCUUGCGCUCCAUCCACGACAUGGCCGAGGGCAUUGACGAAUUCCUGCGCAAGGCUGCCGUCCUCGUGCUCAAGAUGUUUGGGAUGGUUGUUCUGCACGUGGACAAGGUCCUAGCUCUUGCCCGUGAACUCGCCGAGCUCUAA